GUGGCCCCUGUGAUUGGCCAUUGGACGAUAUACAUUCCGAUUGCCGCAGGACGACGAAACCGAAAUUGCCGAGGGGCAGCCACGGCGUCGCCGCUGUGGCCAGGAUUGGGCAGCUCCGGCUCCAGCUCCAGUUCCAGCUCCCACGGCUGACCGACAUUGGCGUAGGCCCAGGCUCCAGGAUCUGGCUGCUGUUGCUGCUCCUGUUGCUGCCCGUGCUUUUGUUGCGCGCCCAAGAUGCCCUCCCCGCCGGUCCAUCUGCAAACACGUCGUCGGAGCACGCUGGGCUAUCCCGUGGCGCUCCUAGUGGCGGCGAUGGCCCACACCACCCAGCUCAUAGUGUUCCAGCCCACGGCAACUUCAUCGCCGCAACAGCCGCCACAUCGCUCGCCACAGUCUCCACAGAAGUGGUCGCCGCAUCUGCAGGAACAACAGAAACAUCUACAGCCCAGGACCAUGCCGAUGAUGCUGAGCAGAUGCUGCCACAAAUUCCGCCGUAUAUCCGCACAACCGCCAUGUUCUUCUGCAUAGUUAUAAUGCUGCUGGGAGUGGUGGGUAAUGUAAUGGUGCCCAUCGUGAUUGUGAAGACGAAGGAUAUGCGCAACUCCACGAACAUCUUCCUCACCAAUCUGAGCAUUGCCGACCUGCUGGUGCUCCUCGUCUGCACGCCCACCGUUCUCGUGGAGGUUAACACCCGGCCAGAGACCUGGGUACUGGGCCAUGAGAUGUGCAAGGCCGUGCCGUUCGUGGAGCUGACGGUGGCCCACGCCAGUGUCCUGACCAUUCUGGCCAUCUCGUUUGAGCGCUAUUACGCAAUCUGCGAGCCAUUAAAGGCCGGCUAUGUCUGCACCAAGGGGCGGGCCAUCCUCAUCUGCGUCCUGGCCUGGGGCAUCGCAGCUCUCUUUACGAGCCCCAUUCUGUGGGUGGCCGAGUACAAGCUGGCCGAGUACAUUGACGGAUCCUCGGUGGCCGUCUGCCUCACCCAGGCCAUCACCGACUGGACGGUCGCCUUCUUCCUGAUGACCAUCUCUGUGUUCUUCGUCCUGCCCUUUGUGACCCUGGUGGUGCUGUACGGCAUCAUAGCCAAGAACCUCGUCUCCAACCGGGGCGCCAUGCUGCGGGCUCGGCCAACGAAACCGGAGCUCAGUCUGAGGGCCCGCAAGCAGGUGGUCCUGAUGCUCGGCGCCGUGGUGCUAUCCUUCUUCGUCUGCCUGCUGCCCUUUCGGGUGCUCACCCUCUGGAUCAUCCUUAGCUCGGACCAAACUCUUCAUGACCUCGGUUUGGUGCGCUACUACAGUCUCCUGUAUUUUUGCCGGAUUAUGCUGUACCUCAACUCGGCCAUGAACCCCAUCCUCUACAACCUGAUGUCGACGAAGUUUAGACGGGGAUUUGGAAGGCUUUGCCAGGAUGCUGGAAGAUUAGUCCUUGAAUUGGUAACCUUCGGACGCAGCAAGGAGGUAUCCCCCCGCGGCCGAAGUGGCACGCUGUCGCUGGGAAUGGGAACGAAUACGAACACUAAUACCAAUUCUUCCAAUGCCACUGCAGCGACAAGCUCCAGUGUCCUUUCGAGGAGCUCCAAUCGACGCUGCAGCGAGGACAUCAGCCGCACCCGUCUCAAGAUCGAGCUGCAAAUGCCGUUUGGCAGCGAUCUGGAGGCCAUGGCCAUGUUGCAGCAUUCAGUGCUGGGGAAGAAGGUGGCCCGGAGGCAAAGCGAUACACAUCUAAUGGGUCUGAGGAAACCACAACCGCCACGACGUCAGAAGCCGCAAAUCAGUUUCGAUGAGGAGGCGCUGGAGGGGAAAUAUAUAGCCGUUGCAGAUGAGAAACUAAAAGCCUCUGGAGAAAAUCCCGCCUGACGGCGAGAAGCGUGAAAAAUCGCCUGUAACCCGUUUACACACUCGCUUCACUUGGCUGGAAUGUGUUGAUGGUUGAUCCUGGCAUCCUGACAAAUCCCCGCAUCCUGAACGCCGGCAUAAUCGAUUUCAGUCAACCGUUGACAGCUCACCAAGUCGGAGUUAGAGUCCGGACACCGGAUCCUUGGACAUUUCCGUACAAAAAACAAUCAAUUUUUCGGGCUAUUAAACUCGAAUGAAUGUGCCAAAGAUAAAUAACAGCAACGACAGCUGAAUAGCACUACAACUACAACUAGACCCGCCAUUGGUCAGAGUUUCGGAUAAAAAUUGAUAGUGGGCCUGGGAGCGCCAUUAAACGGAGGAACGAAGGAAACGGCACGGAGGCACGGCAAAUGGAAAUGGCUUAAUAUGCGUAUGCGGCCGGGAACCCCAUCAAGGAGGCGGAUAAACAUGAUUUAGGUGUAUUGAAAUAGUUUCCGUAAUCCGGCGCCCUGGCCUAUCCAAAAUGGCCGCCAUUAUUACACGAGCGGCCAUCACCGGAAAGAAAAAAACUGUUGCCUACUUUGUGGCAGCUCGAAUAAAAAGCUUAGCUCAAUAUGCACAUGUAAACACAGUUGUACAUACAAUCCAUGCACACACACACACACAUACACGAAAACAUAAAAGAACAUACGUAAAUAUUUAUAUUAAUAUAUUUAUACAUACCUACAUAUUUAUAUAUAUGUACAUAUAUACAUAAACGCAAUGCUUAUAAAUACAAAAAAAAAAAACACACAUCGCACACACUUACCCGAAUGAAGAACAACCAGUUUGUAAGUAAAUAAAUUUUUUAUGACAACUCAUGACGGGUCAAAGAAGUCGCCUAUUUUCAAACAUUUCCCCCACCAACCAGCAGUACUAUAAUUUAUAUAAUUCAAAGGAAAUCGAGCAACUGCCAAGCCCCUGUAAAUAUAUACUUACUAACUCGUUUCGUACAUGCGUAGCUUUUUAAUUUGUUUUCGUAGCCUUAGUAGUAGCAAUAUGACGUAGAUUUUCCCAGCUUUCCUUACCAAAAACAUAUAUUUAAUAAUAAUAAAGUAGAUAGAACCUCCCACGCUAAUGCGACUGCGAUGAUGUGUAUGAGCAGACGCUGCCGUUUCCGUUUCCGUUCCCUGAUUAAAUUGAGUGCUUCGUCCCGAAAGUUUUUCAGUACUUGAGUAGCUUUUAAAUAUUUGUUUGUUUCCCGCUCGAAGCGUGUUUCAAAACUUUGCAGACAACAAUCAGCAGCCCCCGAAGGCCAGACCCUUCGCCGAAUUUAAUCUAAUAUGAAUUAUAUAACUCUUGCAGUCCCAUCAUCGCCAUAUCUAGCUACAGUGUGGAGCCAUAUGGCGACGGAACCGACGCCCCCGUCUGCACCACCGCCGCAGAUAGUUUCUGGACGAUCUUGUAUUUUGUGGGCAGCAUUACAGUGUUUUUCUUUCUUCC